AUUAAGCAUAAAAACGACCGCGCAGAAAAAUGUUAACGAGGAUUUUAACAUCAAAUAUCAAAACAACUUAAUCUACAUAAGUGUGAUUUUUAAUUGUUCGACAAUUUAUUAUUAAAUUAGUAUAUACAAAGAAUUUGAGUUUUCUCAAUUUGUGACCGAUAUUAUCGAAAAAAAUAAAUGAAAUUCAUUACGUGUCAAAAAAAAAAUAUUUUCAAAACAUAGCGUUAAACAAUUAUCAAAGGACUUGUAACAAAUACCUUGAGGGAAAUGUGAAAAUAGUUUACCAUCCAAACAUCAUCAAUUUAUUAUUAUAAUAAAUUAUUACCAAAAAAUCAUCUCGACUGAUAUAUUUACAUGAUGUCUUCUGCAACCGAAAAAACUACCACAAAAAUGAAAGAACGCCAAACAGAAAAUAAUAAGAAUUCUCAAGAAGUAAAAAAAAUUCGCACUCAACCAAACGAAAAUAAAAACAAAAAAACGAAAAAGGAGAUAAUUGACUUAUCAUCAGAUUCUGAUAGUAAUUUUUCUCCCAAAAAUACUAAAAGUCAAUCUAAAACUAAUACCAAGCAUAAAUUUAAAAUUAAUAAAACUGAUGAAAAACAUAAUAUUAGUUCUGAUGAUGAAUCAUCAUCAGAUUCACAAGAAAAGCAGAAACCAAAUAUAAGACCGAAAAAGUCCCAAAAAAAGCAAACGGUUCGAAAUAGUCAAAAAAAUAAUCUAUCAACAAAGCAAAAUGCGAUAACACGUGGAGAUUCUACAUCUUCUGAAAAAGAAUUUUCUAAACAUAAAAUAAUUGAAAGUUAUGUUUGCUUACAACGAAUUAGUAACAUAGAAAAAGAUAGAACUCCAGCAGCUAAUGAAAAUAAAUUCGAUGAAGAUAAAAAUUUAACGAAAAAUGAAGCAUUUCUAUUAAAAAAUAAUUUACAAAAAUUAUUUCAAGAUUUACAAAAUAUAUCAACGAAAUUAAUUUAUGAAAUUGAACACACACGAAAAACAUAUUAUUAUAAAGAACAACUGCGAUUUUCUGAUGCGACGAAAGCAAUAAUUGAAUGUAAAAAUAUUCUAAGAAAUUUAAAGGAAAAAACUAGUAGUUGUGAAAAAUUACUGGUAGAUCGAUAUAACAAUUGGUGUAAAAAAACUAAUAACAUAAAUAUUUUUAUUAACAAUGAUGGACCUGAUACCCCUAAAAGAUGGAAAACUCCAACUAUAAACGGUACAAAAAAAGUGAUAUCUUCGUCAUCAUCAAACAAUGAUUCUGAAGAAGAAUCAGAAGCAAAAAAAGAAAAAUUAACUAAGAAUGUGGAAAAAAGUUCUUCAAAUAAUGGACGAAAGUCCCCAACUGAAGUUUCCGAUUGUGAUGGGCAAGAGAUUUUUUCUGCUGAUGAAAUGGAAAAAGAAACUGAUGCAGUGAAUCUUGAUGAAAUUUUAAUUGAUCCGAAAAUUAAACAAAGUAUAGAGAAACAAUCGACUUAUAUCAAGAACAAAGAGAAAGAAAAAGAGGAUGAGAUUAGUAGGAGCGAUAGUGAUGCGACCGUGUUUGAACAAGAAGUGACUACUUCUGUUACCUCAAAUAAUCAAACAGUUGAAAAGACUGCUAAAACUACUGGUGAGAGUGAAUUGAAUCAAUCUGGAGAUUUAUUUACAGAUUCAGAUGAAGAUGACAAAGAGAAUCCAGUAUCUAGUGAAGAUAAAAGUAAAAUAGUCAAUCACAGCUUCCAUUCAGAAAGUUCAGUUACGAACAGAAAAUCUAAUUCCGAUAAAAAUGAUGUACAAGAUCCAAGAAACGAUAUAACAUCUAAUAAAAACAAAUUAGAUUCAUCUUCUGAAGAAGAAGAUAAUAUUGAAAAGCAAGUUAAAGAAAGGUUGUUGAAUUCAUCAUCAGAUUCUGAUCGAAAUGAGUUAGAAGAUGAAAAUAUCAAUACAAAAAAGAAACAACUUAAUUCCUCACCUGAUUCGGCUGAAAAAAAGUUAAAAAAGAAAGAUAAUAAUAUUAAAAAUAAGUUAUUAGAUUCAUCAUCUGAUUCUGAUCAAAAUGAGUUAAAAGAUGAAGAUACUAAUAUAAAAAAAAAGCUACUAGAUUCAUCAUCAGACUCAGAUAAAAAUGAGUUAAAAGAUGAAGAUACUAAUAUAAAAAAGAAACUACUAGAUUCAUCAUCAGACUCAGAUAGAAAUGAGUUAGAGGAUGACGAUACCAAUAUAAAAAAGAAACUACUAGAUUCAUCAUCAGACUCAGAUAGAAAUGAGUUAGAGGAUGACGAUACCAAUAUAAAAAAGAAGCUCUUAGAUUCAUCAUCAGAUUCUAAUGAUAAUAUUUCAACAGACAAUCAAUCUAAAAAUUCAUUACAAUCAUCAAUAAAUUCUACACAAGAACAAACGAAAAAUAGUAACCCAAAAACAUCUGACCCAUUAUUAAAUAUAACUGAAAAAAAAUCAACGAAUGAAGAAAACAGUGAACGUUCAAUGCUUAUUACAUCUGAAUCUGAUACUAAUACAUCUGAUGAAGACGAAGUCAAGAACAAAUUGUUAAAUUCGUCGUCUGAUUCAGAUCGUGAGGAAGAAAAAAAUACUACCAAUAACAAAGGACAGAAAAAAAAUAAUGAAACUCAUAUUUUAAAUGUAAGUGAUGAAAACUCUGAAAAACAAGCAAACAAAGAAAACACUGAAAAAGGAAUUAGCGAUACUCAAGCAACAAAAAAUAAUGAACAAACAAAAAUUGAUCGACGUUUGUCUAAUAACGGUAUAGAAAAAUCUAGACUCAAUGAAUUAAAACAAAAAAAUAUCGAAAUAUCUGAUAUUGACAGUGAAACUGAUAACAGUAACGCAGAUAGUAAUAAAGAAAAUAUAAAUAAUCUUUCUGAACAAAAGAAAGAAUUAAUUUCAGAUGAUUCUGCAGAAGAUGAAAAUACAGUAAUUAGUAAAAACAGUGAUAAUAAAAAAUUAAAGAGUAGAUUUACAAUAACAAAAAAUAAAUAUUACAAGCAUGAUCAAAAAUUAAGAACAAAAUGUUUUGUUAAAAUUCAACGCCUCAGUGAAAAUAUUUUAUCCCAGCAUUCGCAUACACUACAAUCAUCUAGAGAAUAUUUGGAAACUAAACAAUUUCACAGUCUCAUAUCGUUGGAUCAACUGGAAAAAAAACACCAUCAGAGAGGCAAUUUUGUACUCAGCGAUGAAGAAGAUACUACUCAGUUGAAAAUAAAAAAGAAACAAUUCAAUUUACCAGAAGAAACGUUGUUGGAUCAUCUUGGUAAAGUCGAUUCAAAAGAGAAUAAAGAUCAAAAUUCCCAUUCAGAUAACUCUGACACAGAAGUCACAUCGAAAAAAAUGAAUAAUUUAUCAUUCUCUGAAGAUUUUAUGAAAGAAAGUGAUGCAUUCUCUAAAGCUAAACUUCUUGAAAGUUCCGACUCAGAUGUAGAAAUCGUAGGGGAACAUGAAUUGGGUGAUUCUUCUGAUGAUAAACGUAAAAAGAAAAUCAACACUAGCAAAAAAUCAUCACGUACCACAGAAGAUAAUGAUGAAGAAGAUAAAAACAGUGAACAAAACGAUAAUCAAUCGGAAAAAACAGAUAAAAGUGAUUGGAAGAAGAGUAAAGUUUUAACAGCUAAAUUCUUGGAGACAGAUUCUGAAGAAGAGAAUGAACGAGCACAAAAGAAAUUAGCUAGGACAAAUAGUAAAAGAGAUGAUUCUGAUAGUGAUAAAUCAGACAAUGAAGUUAUAAGUAAGAAGAAAAAAACGAAAAGAAGACGAAUAGUUACAUCUGAUGAUUCUGAUAUUAAAAUUUCCAGUUCUUCAAAUUCUGACUCUGAAACAGAAAAAAAUGAUAAAUGUAAACAAAAGAAUGAUAAAAAGAAUACAAAAAGACGAAGAAAAUCUGAUUCUGAUUCAGAUGCCGUUAAAGAAAUAACUGUUAAAACGAAAAGAAAACGAAUACGUGCAGUUGUGAAUGACAGUGAUAGUAGUGAUAAUGAGCAUAAUAGUUCCCAGACAUCAGUCAAUAAAGGAAGUGGACGUAAAAAUAUUAGAAAAGUAUUGAAAGAUAAACAAGUAGCGCUAGAUACUCAAGAAGCAGCUAAACAAGAAGAAGAAAGAUUAAAAAGAAUGGCAGAACGUCAGAAACUUUUUAAUGAAAUGUAUGAAACUCGAUUAGCAAAUGAAGAGAAAGUUGACAAAUUAAUAUUAGAUUUUGAUGAAGAAUCAAAAGAAAUUCUAUUAGAUGUUGAUAAAAAUCUUGUCAAAAGACUUAAACCACAUCAAGCUAAGGGAAUAAAAUUUAUGUGGGAUGCUUGUUUUGAGUCUUUAGAAAGAAUUAAAAAUACUUCAGGUUCUGGGUGCAUUUUAGCUCACUGUAUGGGUUUAGGAAAAUCUUUUCAAGUCGUAACUUUAGCUCAUACUUUAUUAACCCAUAGUGAAAAAACUGGUGUCAAUACAAUUCUUAUAGUCGCCCCAUUAAGUACAGUAUUAAAUUGGAUAAAUGAGUUUAAAAUUUGGCUAACUGAAGUCGAAAAUGGUGAUGAUAUCGAGUUGUAUGAACUGACAAAAGCUAGAACAUUGUUUGAACGAAAAUGUCAGUUAGAUAAUUGGCAACGAACAGGUGGUAUUUUAAUUAUCGGCUAUGAAAUGUUUCGAAAUUUAUCCAGUAUUAAAGGAAAAGUUAGAAAAAGUGUUCAAGACGCAAUUUCAAAAUGUAUCAUUGAUCCAGGUCCAGACUUAAUUGUUUGUGAUGAAGGUCAUUUACUAAAAAAUGAAGAUUCAGCAAUUAGUAAAGCGAUUCGAAAAGUACGAACUUUAAGAAGAAUUGUAUUAACUGGAACACCGCUUCAAAAUAAUUUAAUUGAAUAUCAUUGUAUGGUUCAGUUUGUUAAACCUAAUUUAUUAGGUACAAAAAAAGAAUUUUCAAAUAGAUUUGUUAAUCCUAUUCAAAAUGGACAAUUUGAUGAUUCAACUGAAUAUGAUGUAAAAAUAAUGAAAAAAAGAGCUCAUGUAUUACACAAAAUGUUAGAAGGAAGUGUUCAACGUUUUGAUUAUUCCGUUUUAACGCCGUUCCUUCCGCCAAAGCAGGAAUAUGUUAUUUUAGUUAAAUUAACUGAUGUACAACGUCAAAUGUAUCAGUAUUACCUUGAUAAUUUUGCUCGUAAACAAACAGCUCGUGCUGGUGGAUCAUUGUUUGUCGAUUUUCAAGGUCUUCAUCGAAUAUGGACUCAUCCCUAUGUAAUGAAACUUCAUGCGGAAAAUCAUGAAAGAAUAAUGAUGAAAAAACGUGAAGCAGCAAGUGACUCUGCGGGUUCUUUAGAAGAUUUUAUAGUUGAUGGUUCUGAGUCUGAUACUUCUAGUAGUGCGAGUGAUGAUUCUAAUAAAAGUGAUGUAAUAGUAUUAGAUGAUGAUGAUAAACCAAUAAAACGUUCAACGCGAGCCAAUCCAGUUAAAGAAAAUACUCCUCCUCCUCUUCCUGAAGAUGAGCCUAUUGAACAGAGAGAAUGGUGGUCUCAAUUUGUUAAACCUGAACAUUAUACUGAUGUCAGAGUUUCAGCUAAAUUGCUAAUUCUCUUAGAUAUUCUUAAAGAAGCUGAACAAAUUGGUGAUAAAGUUUUAGUAUUUUCUCAAUCUCUAUAUUCUCUUACUUUAAUAGAGAAAUUUUUGGAAAUGAUUGACGAUGAAACACAAAAUUCAAAUGAAUUACCAAGUCUUGAUAAGCACACUGGAAGUUGGUCCCUAGGUUUAGAUUAUUUUAGACUUGAUGGACAAACUUCAGCAGAAAACAGAUCUAUUUGGGUUAGAAAUUUUAAUAAACCUAAUAAUACUCGUGCCAGAUUAUUUCUAAUAUCAACUCGUGCUGGAGGUUUAGGAAUAAAUCUAACAGCAGCUAACAGAGUAGUCAUCUUUGAUGCUAGUUGGAAUCCAUCACACGAUGUACAGAGUAUUUUUAGAAUUUAUCGGUUUGGACAAAAGAAACCUUGUUAUGUUUAUAGACUUCUCGCUGGUGGAACAAUGGAAGAAAAAAUUUAUAAUCGUCAAGUAACGAAACUUUCAUUAUCAUGUAGAGUUGUUGAUGAAUAUCAAAUUGAACGACAUUAUAGUAAUCAUGAUUUAGCAGAACUUUAUCGGUUAGAACCGCCGAAAUCAAAUACUUUGGGAUUACCUAAAGAUCGUCUUCUUGCUGAAAUUUUUUUGCGACACAAAGACAUCGUUGAAGCUUAUCAUGAACAUGAUUCUUUACUAGAAAAUAUAGCUGAAGAAGAAUUGAAUGAUGAAGAAAGAAAACAAGCAUGGCAAGAAUAUGAAGAAGAAAAAGCAGGUCGAAGACAAAUGCCACAAAUAUCACCUAAUUUCAAUCCCAAAAUCAUGUUAUAUAAUAAUCAAAUGAUGGAUACCACAAAUAUCAAUAGUCUUAUGAAUCAAGGGGAACAUCAUAAAUUAUUAGAAAUGAUUAAAAAAGAUUAUCCAAAUCUUUCUGAAACUGCACAACGCGAACUGGCGUAUAAAGCACUGAAUAAUAUGUACUCCUAUGUCGAAAAUCAGUUUUCAGCUGCCAAUCAUAAUUACUUACCAACAAUGAACGUUCCAAGUAUACCAAAUAUGAAUUCAAGUAAUCCAAGUAUGACAGUAGCAAAUAUGUUAGCGCAACAAGAGUAUAAUAGAGCUCAUAACAAAUUUAAUCAACAACAAAAACAAAUGCAGUAUGCUCAGCAAUUCGGAAAUAAUGUUGGUAGUUCUCAAAGUAAGCCAAGGCCCACAACAUCAACUGGCAAAUAUUCAACUAAUAAUGGUGAUAAGAUGGAAACUUCUACUAAUAGUAGAGGGAAUUUCAUUCAAGGAAGUUCAGAGAAGAGACAAGAAGAAUGAAAAAAUAUUUUUGAAUUAUAAAUUCGAAAAUAAAUAACUUUUUUAUCAAGUUAUUUAAGAUAAUUAUAAGUUUUUUCGUUAAUUGUUGAUUAGAUAAAUUAUUAAAUUUUUUUUCUACAUUAUGUUUUCAUAUAAUACGUUUUUCUAG